GUCGUAGCGAAGCAGGAGUAGAUCAAUUGAAACAAGUUUUGGAUUAUUAUGUCAAUAAUGUAAUUAUUGAAGAUGGUGAUGGCGUUGGAGAGGAUGAUAGUUUUGAUGCUCUUAACAACGCAACCAUUGACAAUAUUCGUUCUUAUCAAGCCCAACUUAAGGAAGGACGCAAUGAUUAUUCAACGCUCAAACCAUUAAUAAAUGGAAAAAUACCGAUAUCCGAAGUUUUAUCCUACUGA